AUGUCAAAAGAAAGCGCCUCAGCCAGUUUUCCGCUAUAUACACUCGACGUCAAACGUACUCUGAACUCAUUUGAAAAGAUUGGACCAGCCAUUGACAACCGUGACUAUGACCGUGCCCUAAAAUUUGCGUCGAUCACCAUUGACUGUAUCCAGAAAGAUCAAUUGAUCAAGGCCCUUGAUCACCGCGCUUAUGUUCUCGGGAAAAAAGCUCGUUUUGGUGAAGCCGUUCAAGACGCUCAGCGGAUUAUAUCACUUGCAUCUACCUGGGCGAUGGGCUACUGCCGACUUGGUAAUCUUUACGCACAGCAAGGAAAGCAGCUCGAUGCAAUCGACACAUAUUCUAUCGGUCUGCAAAGCGUAUCGCAAGACGCCUCUCUAUAUGCUCAACUUAUCGAGGGCAAACAUUCUGCCGAGCUACAAAAUGAGAAGCGCGUCGAUUUCAUUCGCAGCCUUCCAGUGGAGGUUAUGGCCAAGAUUAUCACACUAUUGCCUAGAGAUGCUAAAUUGGUCUGCUUGCAAGUGUCGAGCAUUUGGUGCAAAAGAACAUUGGAGUUCUCUGGGUCAUGGCGAGUAUCGAGCGGCGAUGACAUGACAGACGAGCAAUCUAUUAAAGUGGUGACGUACAUUGCUGCCUAUGUCGAACAGCUGACCAUCGACACAAGCAAUCAGCAGGUUUGGAAUCAACUUCUUGUGGAUAUGCAAGGCGGCCAUUUCCGAAAGAUUACAUCGCUCCAUCUUACAGAAACCUACAAGUUUUAG